AUGAAUCGCGGCCACGUGUUGCAGAGCUCGCCGGUGCAGCAGCAGCAGAUCAUGAUGGCGGGCGGCGGCGGCGGCGGCAACCCUAACUGGUGGAGUACCAUCAAUAACAUGAGGCCUCCGCCGCCAACCACCACCACAACGUCGUCGCCUCAUCACCACCAGCUUCUUCCCAAUAAUAACUUCUUCCCAAACAACUACUCGUCGUCCCUUUUCCCUAUCCAUCUCGCCCCUUCACCUUCUUCCUCCUCCUCUUCCUCCGCCUCCUCACUUCCUUUCCCUUCUUGGCUCGACGGCUCUACCGCCGCCGCCGCCGCCACCGCGGCCCAAGACCAUCAACAACAACUUCCUGAAUCAUGGAGCCAACUCCUCCUGGGAGGAUUGAUGGUGGGGGAUGAAGAGAAGAACGGAACGAACCAAUUAUUGAACCACUUCCAACAAGCGAGCAAGAAGUUCGAGGACGAGCACUGGGAAGAUCAUCAUCACCAGCAGCUGAUGCUGAACAACAACGUCGUCGAUGUGAAGCAAGAGAGCUCUGCCGGAAGCUAUGGCGGCCACCACCAUGCAAACGAAGACUUCCACCAUCAAGCUGCGGCUGCUAAUUGGUCUCACCAAAUCAUGGCUAAUAACAACAGCAACUCUCCGUCUCCCAACUCGGCAAGCUUCACUAGCAGCUUGUUGGACUUCUCCACCACCGCCGCCGCUGCCAAGCAGCUCGGAGUUGGGCACCCGCCGGCGUCGGAGAGCAACAGCACUAAUGGAACUGGGGCAGCAAAGAAAGCUAGGGUUCAACCUUCUUCUUCUUCUACUGCAACCCAAUCUCCCUUUAAGGUGAGAAAGGAGAAACUGGGAGAUAGAAUCACUUCUCUUCACCAGCUUGUCUCUCCAUUUGGGAAGACUGACACAGCUUCUGUCCUGUUGGAAGCGAUAGGGUACAUCAGAUUCCUUCAAAGCCAAAUUGAGGCUCUCAGCUUGCCCUACUUGGGCAGUGGAUCCUCCAACAUGAGGCAACUUCAGCAGCAGCAACACCACCACCAACAUUCUGUUCAAGGAGAACGAAAUUGUGUCUUCCCAGAAGACCCUGGUCAGCUCUUGAACAACGAUGGCAGCAGCUGUCUGAAGAGGAAAGCUGCAGCCUCUUCUGAUCAUCAACAGGACUUCAAUGAGGAGCCAAAGACGGAUUUGAGGAGUAGAGGGUUGUGCCUCGUCCCACUCUCUUGCACAUUGCAAGUUGGCAACGAGAUUGGGGCAGAUUACUGGGCUCCUUCCCUCGGUGGAGGGUUCCGAUGA